AUGGCAACAACUAAUGAAGGUGUCAAAACACUAAUUCCAAUUAUCAAUGAAAAGGUCAAUCAGAAGAAUGAAACACAGAGAAAAUCUGUGGUCGUCGAUGUUUCAAAUUCAACAAAUGUUGCUCAAAAUAUCACCGUGAAUGGGACAAAAUUAGAAAAUCUUGUAGAUUUGGGAAAAAACGCUACUACCUCAGCUCCUGUGACCGAAAAACCCGAUAAGAAACAUGAUCCUCAAAGAAAUUCUUCAGUCCUCGAAUUUUCGAAUUCUACAGUUGUCUCUCAAAAUAUCACAGAGAAUGGAACAAAAACGGAAAAUCAUUUGAAGAAAGUUUUGGAUAAUCUUGUGGAUUUGGGAAAAAACGCUACAACCUCAGCUCCGGUGACAACAGAAAAACCCAAUAGUAAAAGUGAGACGAGAAAAUCUACAGUCGUCGAUGUUUCGAACUCAACGAAUGUUCCUCUGAACAUCACAGCGAAUGGAACAAAAACAGAAAAUCAAUUGAAAAAAGAGAACUCUUCAGUUUUGGCAAAUCUUGUAGGUUUGGGAGUAAACGCAACAACUUCAAUCACAGUCACAACAGAAAAACCAAACAGAAAAAAUGAGACACAGAGAACAUCUUCAGUAGUCGCUGUUUCAAAUGGAACAAAUAUUUCUCAAAAUAUCACUGGAAAUGGAACAAAAGCAGAAAAUCAAUUGAAAAAAGAAAAACCUUCAGUUCAGAAAAAUCUUGCAGAUUUGCUGAAAAACUCAACAACCGCAGCCCCAGUUUCAACGACAGAAAAACCAAACAGAAGAAGUGAGGCGCAGAGAAAAUCAUUAGUUAUUGUAGUUCCGGACACAGUAAACUCUCAUGAAAAUGAGAAAAAGUCGUUGGAAAAUGAUUCAAAAAAGGAUGAGGAAAUUAAAAGAAUUGAGAAAGUUGCCGAAAAACUUGAAUUAACAGCCGAAUCACUUGCAAAAACUCAAGAGAAACUAAAACCACAACCAAGAUAUAUAAAUUCAAAAGAUCUUUUGAAAACCGUUGCUCGUGCUGGUAGAUUUUCAAAAGUUUAUCCAGCAAUUGUUGUCGAUAAUGGAAAUGGUGAAAAAGAUAUUUUGAUCGAAGACGAACUUGGUGUCAGAGCUUCUGUUUUUCUCAAAUCUGAUCUUGCGGUAAGUUCAGACAGAUAUUUCUCGAUUAUAAAAGUAAUUUUACAGAAGCUUAUCGCAGACAAACAAAUUUCGAAGAUUUUAGACCACGAAAAGAAAAACAACGACGGGCUCUACUAA